GCCGUUUCAUUGCGUGCGGGGAGGUUGUAGCCUUUGAACUGCACACUACAUUACAGUCGAAGGCUAAAUCAAAAAAAUGAAAUGAUUAGAAUAAACGAUGAGCAAUGGCACUUUAAACCGAGGCGUGACGUCAGUGAGCGGGUCGCGUCCUGGACUCCUCGUGGGGAGACGCAGCUGUCCGCCACCGGGACGGGACGCCUUCAACACCGUAUGUGUUUUAAUAUCAUAAUGUCACAGUAUCAGUCUCGUGCUUCAGGGUCAGUGAGACUGUGUCAGAUGCAAUGACAUGUUUUACAAUAUUUAACAACAGCCUUCUUCAUUUUGCUGCAUAGUGUCGCAUUUAGUUUAAGAGUCAUAAUUCCGAAAUCACUGGUUUGUCCUUCCGAGGAGACAAGAGAUGACGUUUCAUUGUGACUGAACAGCAGUGAGAAUCAUGGACUCAUUCAAACAGCAGAGAGUGGAGGACUUCUAUCAAAUUGGUGAAGAGUUGGGAAGGUAAGAACAUAAUUUACUUCACCACGGGGGGGGAUAUUUCGUUUAUUUCAUUUAAUCCAAUGAAAGGUCUUUAAUGGAAAUCAGGAUCACAAUGGCCGAUUUUAGUUUUGCUUAUUUCAAACUUUCAUGAACCAAAAUGUAUUUAUAAAGAAUCUAUUCGUGGGAAAAUGUAUCUUUUUGGUUUUAGGACAUUGAUUCUUACAGAAUCUUCUUUCUUCCAUUAUUUGUAUUAUAUAUUGUUGUUGUUGUUAUCAAGGAGUCAGACAUCUGUAAUAUUAAUAUUAAACGCAACCCUGAUAUCAAUAACCACGUAGAGUUUAUUCAUUGUUCUUUGGAGGUGGAACAUUAAAUAAAUGUGUGAACAGUAGUAAUUCAGUUGCAGCUCCAGAGCGGAUGAAGUUAUCGCUCCAUUGAAGCAAUAAGCAAAUUACACAGUCAUCGCCUGCCAAUGCUCCUUUUUAACGGCAGUCAAACAGUUUGAGCGGAAAACCUGCUUAAUUGUAACUCGGACCUCCUGUGCCGCUGUGAAAGCAAUGCAUUCUGGGAGUCAUGACGUCAGCUGCCUUCUCUGAUUGUGCAGCACGCUGGUGAAACUGCUAAAACGGCGUCAUUCUGUACGCCGUGGUCAUGGCGAGUGGAGGUUUGAACGGAGGUCUCCACAGUAGGGACACAAACUGUGUGCCGCUUUGGGCCUCGUCUAUCUUUGGCUGCAGCUAUUUCUGCUCACAGCCGAUAAGGAAGUGGAGUGUUAUAUUACCAGCCAAGUGAAUGAAGAGGUGCGGCUGUAACGCCCUGUGACCUUUUGGAUCAGAACGACAGCGAGGCCAGUGAGAUGCUAACAAGAUGCACGCUGAACAUGUCACCGUGUCACUGUCUGUGCGCCGGUCAGCGGGCAGUUUGCCAUCGUCAAGCAAUGCAGAGAGAAAAGCUCGGGUUUGGAAUUCGCCGCCAAGUUCAUCAAGAAGCGGCAGAGCAUGGCGAGCUCCCGCGGCGUGCGGCGGGAGGAGAUCGAGCGGGAGGUGGACAUCCUGCGGCAGACGCAGCACGCCAACAUCGUCACGCUGCACGACGUCUACGAGAACCGCACCGACGUGGUGCUCAUCCUGGAGCUGGUCUCUGGGGGGGAGCUCUUUGACUUCCUGGCCCAGAAGGAGUCUCUGAGCGAGGAGGAGGCCACUCAGUUCAUCAAGCAAAUCCUCGAGGGGGUCAACUACCUCCACGCCAAGAAAAUAGCCCACUUCGAUCUCAAGCCUGAAAACAUUAUGCUGCUGGACAAGAACGCGCCGUUGCCCAGAAUCAAACUCAUCGAUUUCGGCCUCGCCCACAAGAUCGAAGCCGGCGUCGAGUUUAAAAACAUCUUCGGAACUCCUGAGUUUGUAGCGCCGGAGAUUGUGAACUACGAGCCGCUGGGACUGGAGGCGGACAUGUGGAGCAUCGGCGUCAUCACCUACAUCUUGCUGAGCGGUGCGUCGCCCUUCCUCGGAGAGACCAAGCAGGACACGCUGGGCAACAUCUCGGCCGUGAACUACGAGUUCGACGAGGAGUUCUUCGGCCACACCAGCGCGCCGGCCAAGAAGUUCAUCAGCCAGCUGCUCGAGGAGGACAAGAAGAAAAGAUUAACAAUUCAAGAUGCUCUCAAUCACCCAUGGAUCAAGCCCAACGAGCACAAGGAGGAGAGCAAAGCUCAGGAACCCAAGAAGCGGGAGCGCCGCCAGCUGAAGACCACGCGCCUGAGGGAGUACACCAUCAAGUCCCACUCCAGCAUGCCGCCCAAUAACACCUACGUCAACUUCGAGCGCUUCGCCCAGGUGGUGGAGGACAUCGACCACAUGGAGGGCUCCUUCGCCAGUCUCGCGUCGGCCCACGACUCCCUGCAGGAGGACAUCGACGCCACGGUGUCCAUCUACAACGAGAAGGAGGCUUGGUACAAGGAGGAGAGUGAAGGCGUCCGCCACGAGCUCUCGCAGAUCCGCUACGAGUUCCGCAAGGUGGAGGCCCUCAAGAGGAGCCUGCAGGACGACAUGCGGGCCUUCGGCUCCGGCCUCGGCGCCAUCAGCGCCCGCUACCGCGAGCGGCAGAGCCACUUUGAGGCGCUGCGCCUGGAGCUCGCCAACGAGCUGAAGUGGGUGCAGGACGUGAUGGGUUCUUUCCCCACGGACGGAGGAGGAGGCGGAGGAGGCGGUUACCCCGGAUGCAGCUUCUCCCCCGUCUUCAAUGACGACGUGAACGAAGCCCUGAAGGAGCUGCUGAACCGCUCCCGUGGCGGAGAGCUGCUGACCGGGAUCAACCUGGACCUUGAACCUGGACAGCAGAGAUGAUGACAGCGGCCGGUAGCUGCCGUGGAUUUUGCUACUUUUUUGUCUUCAUUUAUUGGAUUUUUUUCUCAUGUUUAUCAUUAACGUGACAGACAUUUGUCAACAUCUGCAAAGGAGGCGUGAGGAUCACAAGUCGGACCAAACGCCACCAAACUGGGAGGAGAGCCCAGAUAGAAGCAAAGCUAACCCAGCUAGCACCUGAGGCUACUCCACUACCCAGCAUGCCCCUGGCUUGCUGGAAGGAUGACAGCGGGAGGCCCGUGACUGUUGAGUUCACGUCUUCACCGAGACGCAGAUCCAUCCAAGCUGCUCCUGAUGGUGGACACCAGGACACAGAGCAGGACUCUGAUUGGUCCAGAGAAGAUGGACUGCGAUUGGUCCAGAGGAGAUGGACUCCGAUUGGACCAGAGGAGAUGGAUUCUGAUCGCACCACAGGAGGUGGACUCUGUGUCUACAUCAUGAUGCUUGGUGCUCAAAGACAGAAAUCAGAAAUGAUGCACAACGUUUUUCUUGUAUUGGAUUUUUGAUGAUGUUAUCUGACAUGUUCAAAAAGCGCUCACCAUAACUUUUACUGAGUAACGUCAUUCUGGAGAAGAUGAAGUGGCCUUUUCCAUAUUUACUACAAGAACUUGUAUUUAUUGUUGAUUGUAGUGCCCCUUGAGGACUAACGUGGUAGUGUCUCCUACCACAGAAAGCCUCUUAUUCUUUAGCUGGGGGCCUGGUUGUUAUGUUAUGUAUUCAUUAUGACUCAAAACCCAAGCAACUAUAUUCUAUAUGUUCAUAUAUACAACCAGACAUAUAUAUGUAUGUAUGUAUGUAUGAUACAUGUAUAUA